UUGUAUGUAACUAUUAUUAUUAAUCGUUAAUUAUUGUUAUUAUUUAUUGAGAUCCGUGUAAAUAUUGUAAAUAUUCGCUAACGUCGUUCGUACAACGACGACAGAUACGACGUCGGAAAACAACGUUUUAAAUGAGCAACAUCGCCGUCGAACCAAUUCGUUGAAUAAAUAACAACAGCAUUAAUUUUUGACGUUCAGAGUUUUUAUGGUAUGUAUACGCCAUGCACAGAAAGUCGUUAUGUGUUUAGUUUGGAUGCUGCGACGAUAUUGUCACUGCCAAAAUUGUUUGUCCGGCCACUGUCUGUUGACUGAAGUUUGCGCAAUAGCUCUUGUUUGAGUCAGAUACUGCGACUGUCAUGGACUGGAAGGCGGUCAUAUGCCAACAACUGGAGAGCAGAAACUCCAGGGAGACAGCCAGCUUUCAAAAUCUAAUCAAUUUCUAUAAUAAAAUCUAUGACAGUUCAAUUCUAUUGCGAGCACAAAAUCAUCAGUUAGAAUCCCAAAUCAUACGGGGUAAUACUGGUAGUGAUUCUGUGUACUCUGAAAAAAUAUCGGCUUUAGAACAAAAAUUGCUUGUUCAACAAGAAGAAUUGACCGAAUUGCAUCGUAGACGUGGGGAAAAUGCUCAAAUGAUUAUAGAUUUAAAUGCGAAAUUACAAUUGACCGAGCAAACACUUACAAGUAAAAACAACAGUUUGAUUGAAAGUUUAAAGUUAGUUGCUAGUUUAAGAGCGGAAAUAUCGUUAUACCAGAAAAAUAAUUCAGAGCUAAAGCAAUUAAAUCAAGUUCUCAAAGAUGAGCAUCAAGCAUUACAAUUGGCUUUUACUAAACUUGAAGAAAAAUUACGUGCAUUUCAAGAUGAAAACAGAGAACUCGUGGUCAGGUUAAUGACUUAUAAAUCUAAGGACGCCGAGAAGUUAAACGAGGAAAACGACCAUCUAGUCAGAAAACGAAAUGCCAUUAUGCAAAAUGAACUUAAAGAAGCAGCAAACGAUAUGCGUGGUGUAACUGCAGAAUGUUUAACAACUGCUGUAAGCAAUAGUGUUGGUCCGAUUAUGGCAUCUCCAUGUGCCAUGCCAAGCAAAGCUUCCAUUCGAUUUGACGCUCACGAUGGUGUUGUAAGUGCUGUGAAAUGGAGUCCAGUAGAUCGAAUGGUAGCAACUGGAGGAGAAGACCGCAAAGUGAAGUUGUGGGAUGUGUCUAAAGGUGUUGCUGAGUGCAAAGGAAUGUUGAUUGGUAGUAAUGCAGGUGUUAUGUCUGUUGAGUUUGACAGCACAGGUGGGCAAAUAGUGGCAGCAUCUAAUGAUUUGGCGUCGCGUGUUUGGACAGUAAACGAUCAACGACUUAGGAUUAAUGCCUUGCAAAAAAAUCUGUCUGAAACAAAAUGGUGUAUUAAGGGGGAAAUUAAGUGAGCGAACAUAUUU